CUUGAUUGGAAAACGACAACUUUUCAACAUAUGGGAUGUCCCAAGUUUUUGGAGCCUCGUUACUACUUUAAAUGGAAACCUCAACCAGAUGCAUGUACAAUUCUUAACUUGAACAACUUAAUCAUGUGCGGAAUUCUAGCAGUUUUGGGUUGCUCUGAUGAUUCUCAGGCCAAAAGGGCUCGUGUUCUUGAGCUCUCCCGCAGACUGAAGCACCGUGGCCCGGAUUGGAGUGGUCUUUACCAGUAUGGUGACUCUUACUUGUCUCAUCAAAGGCUGGCAGUUGUUGAUCCUGAUUCUGGUGAUCAGCCUCUCUACAAUGAAGAUGAAAAGAUUGUGGUCACCGUGAAUGGAGAAAUAUACAACCACGAGGAACUACGAAAGAGUUUGCCUAAUCACAAAUUCAGAACGGGAAGCGAUUGUGAUGUUAUUGCUCAUCUUUAUGAAGAGCAUGGUGAGAACUUUGUGGACAUGUUAGAUGGAGUGUUCUCCUUUGUGUUACUGGAUACCAGCGAUAAUAGCUUCCUUGCUGCUCGCGAUGCUAUUGGGAUCACUUCGCUAUAUAUUGGUUGGGGACUUGAUGGAUCAAUAUGGAUUUCUUCUGAAAUGAAAGGCUUAAACGAUGACUGCGAACACUUUGAGGCCUUUCCGCCAGGACACUUGUAUUCUAGCAAGAGAGGAGGUCUUAAAAGAUGGUACAAUCCCACUUGGUUCUCUGAAGCAGUUCCAUCAGCUCCAUAUGAUCCAAUUGUUCUAAGAAAUGCAUUCGAAAAUGCUGUGGUCAAAAGACUGAUGACUGAUGUACCAUUUGGAGUUUUGUUAUCUGGUGGUCUUGACUCAUCGUUAGUUGCUUCCAUUGCAGCUCGUCAUUUUGCAGGCACUAAAGCUGCCAAACUAUGUGAAACACAGCUUCAAUCCUUCUGUGUUGGCCUUGAGGGAUCACCAGAUUUGAAGGCUGGAAAGGAAGUUGCUGAUUAUUUGGGAACUGCUCACCAUGAGUUUCAUUUCACUGUCCAGGAUGGCAUAGAUGCAAUUGAGGAUGUUAUUUAUCAUAUUGAAACUUAUGAUGUAACGACAAUUAGAGCCAGCACUCCUAUGUUUCUUAUGUCACGUAAAAUCAAGUCGCUAGGAGUGAAAAUGGUCAUUUCCGGUGAAGGUUCUGAUGAAAUUUUUGGGGGAUACUUGUACUUUCACAAAGCUCCCAACAAAGAAGAAUUUCACCGCGAGACAUGUCAGAAGAUAAAAGCCCUCCACCAAUAUGAUUGCUUGAGAGCAAACAAAGCAACAUCUGCUUGGGGUUUAGAAGCUCGGGUUCCGUUUCUGGAUAAGGAAUUCAUCAAUGUUGUAAUGAGUAUUGAUCCUGAGUGGAAGAUGAUUAAGCCGGAGGAAAAACGAAUCGAGAAGUGGAUACUGAGGAAGGCCUUUGAUGAUGAAGAACAUUCUUAUUUGCCUAAGCAUAUUCUAUAUAGGCAGAAAGAGCAGUUUAGUGAUGGUGUUGGCUACAGUUGGAUCGACGGCCUUAAAGCUCAUGCUGAACUACAUGUCAGUGACAAAAUGAUGCUGAAUGCUCCUAAUAUCUUCCCGCACAAUACCCCUGCCACAAAGGAAGCAUAUUACUACAGAAUGAUUUUUGAGAGAUUCUUUCCACAGAAAUCAGCAAUAUUGACCGUCCCUGGUGGAGCAAGCAUAGCUUGCAGUACAGCAAGGGCUGUUGAGUGGGAUGCUUCAUGGUCAAGUAACCUUGAUCCGUCUGGUCGGGCUGCACUUGGGAUCCAUGAUUCAGCAUAUGAGACAAAAUUGUCAUCCACUGUGAACACUAAUUUGGCUACAAAGAUUGUUGACACUGUGCCUCAGAUGAUGGAACGAAGCUCAACCCAAGUCACGAUUCAAAGCUAGUUCUCCCAUUUCGGGGAAUCCACUUAUGUGAUAGAGUUGAUCUAUCUGCAUAGAAGUUGAAGCAAGUAUCUAAUAUAUGCAGCUAUGUGAACUAUGCAGGCGCCAUGCAGAGUGAAUAAACUACCUAUUUUUGGUAAUGCUCGUUCUAUAGGUAAGACUCUGGUGGUGCGCGCGUUAUUCUUCAAGCAGUAUGUUCUUUGUAAGUUGUGCAUCUUGUUCAAGCCUCACCUACAAAUCUUGGACCUUUGAUGUUUAUAUUUUCCUGUUGGAUCAAUCUAGUAUGUUUGGUGGUUCUAUCAGACUCUGGUCCUGUAAGUUGUAAUGGCAGUUUACACUUUGUUAGUGCCCAAGCCUGAAGCCUGGUUUGUAUCUUUA